AUGCAACGAAUUGAUGGAUACCACAUGAUGGUCAUUUCCCAAUAUUUUGAAUCCAUCAAAGACUUUGUGGCACUUGAGUUUGUGUGUAAAAAGUAUAACAACAAUAUGAGUAAAUUCCACUUCAACCCUAUUCGCCUCACGUCUAAAACAAUUAACUAUUUUCCAUCAAUCGAAACACUCAAUAUUUGGACUGAAGACGAUGAAACUUUUGGCAAUGAUUUCAUGUUGUUAUUUAACGACAAUACAUAUCAAACUGACAGACAAAAAUGUAUGAAAGUUAACAAAAAAGACUUUUAUAAAAUUGUUGUCUGGUACCAAGUUGAUUUCGAUACAUUUCACAAAGUUGCCAAACUCGAAAACGCGAUUUUUGAAUUUAAAGAUAUUUGUUACAGCACUUCAGAUGUUGUGAAUUUUGGAACUCAAAUACCAAAACUGGUAACAUCACUGAUGCGGUCGUGUUAUGAAAAUUGUAACACAAUAGAACAAAUAGACAUUCCAAAUACUGUAACUUCGAUUGGACAUUUCUGUUUUUCAAUGUGUCUUUCAUUGAGUGAAAUCACAAUACCAACACGCGUCAUUUCAAUGGGUGAGUGCGUCUUUUUGGGAUGCGCCAAACUUAAAAGUGUAACACUUCCGUGUUAUAUGACGACACUAAAUCCACACACUUUUGGGUUUUGUUGUGGUUUGACAUGUGUGAAUUUACCACCUGGCUUGGUAUCAAUUGGAGAUAACUGUUUUGAAUUUUGUUAUUCACUUCAAGACAUUGUGAUUCCUGACAAUGUCACAACAUUAGGGAAAUUCUGCUUCUCUGGGUGUAAAGCACUUCAUUCUGUUCUAUUGCCUAAAAAGAUGAGAGAAGUUGGUAGCGGAUGCUUUAGAGAGUGCAAGGCAUUGGCUCAAAUUAUCAUACCAGAAAAUGUCACGAUGAUUGGGUCGAAUUGUUUCCCACCAAAUACAAAUUUGGUGCAAUAA